CACCGAGCGUGGAUAGCGUGUAUAGGUGCAUGUAAGCAUUGUAUAGGCAAGCUAUAGCUUUCUGCACGCUGCCGCAGCGAUCCCCUGUACGCUGCCGCACCAUACGGGCAGUGCAGCGCUCAUCACUGCAGCUGGCUGCAGCAGCCGUCGACGAGCCGCAGCGAUCGACGCGGUUCCGUGGCGAUAGACGAGCCGCCGCAGCGGUCGACGAGCUGCCGCAGCGAUCGACACAAAGAUGCGCAGAAGCGCGCGCUGGGCGCUCGGCAUUCUCGGCGAGCUGCUGUCGAACGCGAAGCCGGGGCGGCGCUACGCCGGCCCGCCUAUGACAACGAACGGCGGCGGCCGCGCGUUGGUCACUGGCGGCACCGGUGGGAUUGGGGAGGAGGUGUGCCGCGGCCUCGCGGCACGCGGCUACGACGUCCUCGUGGGCGCUCGCGACCCAGCAAAGGGAGAAGCCGUCGCCGCACGGCUGCGCGAGGAAUUUCCGGGUGCGCACAAGUGCGCCGUCUGUGACCUCAAUGAAGGCGACGCGGCGCUGCCGAGGGGCGUCAACUUGCUGGUGAACAACGCCGGAGUCAUGGGCGCCGCCACCGAUGAGACGAUGCGCGUCAAUUUAUUAGCGCCGGCGCGGCUGACCCUCGGGCUCCGCGCCCGGAACCGGAAGCUGAGAGUCGUCAACGUGGCGUCGUCCUCGCACCUGCGCGCGAGGGCCUGCCCCGUGGCUCGCAUGCUCGACGACCGGCGACGGGACAAGUCCCUGAGUGCCUAUGCGGCCUCCAAGCUAGGUCUCCUGCAGUUCACGGCAGCGCUGCGCAACAAUGGCGUCGACGCGCGGGCAUGUCAUCCCGGACUCGUGUGGACACCCAUGCUCAAGGGCUUCUUCCCGGCGCCCGUGCGCGCGGUGCUUCCGCGGCGCCUCUUCAAGACCCCCGCCGAGGGCGCGGCGACGGUGCUCCUCGCCUGCGUCGACGACGAAGCGGGCACGUACUACAUGGAUAGCGGGGACCGGCCGGCGGCCGCAUCGCCCGAGUGCUCCGCGACGGGCGCGCUCGUCGACGAGCUGGGCGCACUAGGACUCAACAUUAGGUGAUUAGGCUCCUCGCCCAGGCGUCGUCGGCGAGCGCCUCGCACGCGCCCUCGGCGAGCUCGCCGAGCAACACGUCGCCGAACCGCUCGCGCCGCAGGCCGACGACGGGCGCGCCGACGUUGGCGAGCAUCCGCCGCACC